UCGUCAAGUCUGUAGCCAUUUUGUGUAACACAGGACGGCGCGGCUGCUUGCAUGACAAUACAAUAGCAUGAGCCUUCAUUAUAACGAUAAAACACUAGAAAUUUAACUAUGAACCGAGUGCAAAUAGCAUAGCGAUUAGAAAUACAUUCUUUUGAGAGUCUUUGACGUUUCCAAACCAGCGAUGUAAGGAAAACAUUCCGAGUAAGAGUUUGGUUCCAAGCGAAGCUAGAGUUACGUAGUAACCUUUGAUUUCCGUGCGUUGUGCGUCAUUCUGUUGAGUAACCCUUCUUCAGUGAUUCCGAUCUAUUUGUAGUGCAGACAGUAAAGCCGUUUAAGGUCUUAUGUUAAAGAAUAGCGGGCAAACUUCGUUAAGACUUGUGUACAUAGAGCAAUCAUUGAACGCCAUUAUGUUGCUGCCCUUAGCGUCAACAGUGUUUGCAUAAGCUUCAAACUGCUUGUUCUGUAGUGGCUAGCAGACCCGAGCACGCAUAACCCAGUCAUCUAGCACGCUCAACGCUCGAUAAAUGCCGCUGAUUAGAUAGAAAAUCGCUUAACAGCCUCGCAACUCGUUAAUACUAUACUCCUCGAGAGCGAGAAAUCGUCCCAUUUGCGAACCGAUUAAUCACACUCAAGCAAGCCCAAGCUACGUUCAAUCGCAAGUCAGAAAAGUAUUGAAUCGGAAUUGUCUGAGCCGUGUGGCUUUCCCAGGCACUUUAGAUAUAGGUCUGAAGUCCGUGCAAAACUCUAUCACCUGAAUAUCUAUCAAUCUUUUCGACAGUAUCUACCCGGAAAGUCCCUGCGACGUUCUAGCACGCUUAUGUUUUACUGUGUGUUUUGUGUACAGCAUCUCGUUUAUCUUAACAGUAGAAUAGUACUCGUAUCAGUAACCCACAGGGUUUUGUAAACUGCCACCUAUGACGUCGAACUAAGUUGUGUGGCUCUGUGUGGGCUAGAUGUCGUGUUUGAACAGGCGAUAAUAAGAUAAUUGGAUCUGAAGAUUUUACUGAAUUCUCCAAAUGCAAGGUUAACUUUCUGGCUUCUGGUUAUACGGCCUGGUUAUUCUCGGGAUCUGACUUUCAAAACACUAAAAAUCAAGGCAUCUAUUUGAUUAACCAAGAGGGAUUUAAUAUGAAAUAUUGUUGUAUUUCAUCAUAAAGAAAAAAGUGGUUAUUCAAAUUACGGAAAGAGACCUAUUUAUUCAAACAAGAUUAUCCCGAUUGCUUGAUAUACUUCGCAGAUCGAAUUCGCGACAGAAUAGGCAUGGCGUAUAUUAGCGAUAUAACUAGUAAUCCAAAACAUAUCUUUAAAAUAGUAAUCCAAAACAUAUCUUAGCACGCUAAAAAACUUAUCAGUGCGACCUCAAGUUUUAUUGCACUAGUCGAAUGUAUGAUUUCAUCGACUUGGUGAUUUGAUCAUGAAGCAUGCGUGAGUUCGGGAAAAUGUAUAUCAUAAAAAUAUCUUCUCAAUAUCAUGAUAUUGGUCUCGUUUUAAAUCUCAUUGAGUUCUAGAUUUACUGUUAUUUCAUUCUAAUGUAAUACAGCAAAAAGCUCACGAUACUACCAUAGCAUGUUAUUUGUAAGUAAGCGCUUUAUUUGUAGGUGUUUAUGUGGGUUAUCACGUGAGGGGAUUGCAUUACACACGCACAUCUGUGCCAAAACAGGUCUAGAGACAAUCGUGAGAUACACAAAUGCUUCGCCUUUAAAUUCCAAGGAUGCAGCGAUCCGAGCGGAGCACUCUUGCGAAUGGAGCUUGAGCAAAAAAAAAAAACUUUUAAAGUUUAUCUAUAGAGCGCACUAAACAUUUUAAACGUUUUGCGACGAGCUCGUGUAGCGUCUAAGUGAGGAGAGGAUGCACGUAUUGGAAGUCCGUAACAGCAUGCUUAACCUUAAAUAUGAAGGUUAUCUGAAUAACUGUACAAGAAGACACAAAGUAACCCCAGUGUAUCUAGCCAUCAAUCAUCAUCAUCAGUCACACUAGUCUAGAGGCAAAUUUGCCAUUUAAAUGCAACCUCUGGCAAAACCCACAGAUCUGGGAAGAAUGUUGCUAAACCAAGGCCUCAUGGUCAGCAAGUCCAGUCAAAGUUGACAAACAGGAAUGGUGUGAACCAGCAAAUGCAGAAUGGGAGUGCUGGGGACCUUACUCUACCAGUAAAAGAAAAUGACCUGCCGGACUUCCUCCAGUUACAGCAUCGUCCACAGGGCUGGCACCAAUCACCGGUCAUGCAGCGGAACCUACGGGACCCAGACUUGACUGUCAUGAGCACAGGGCUUAUGAUACCAGAUAAUGAAUUGGAAGUUCCAGAUUUCUUACUGGCAAAAACCCCAAAGACUAAUGGCAAGUUUGUACAGGUGGAUGUGAAUCACCAUCCAAGGAUGUCAAACGGUGUAAAGGAGCACAACCAGAGUAGGGCAAGGGAUCCUGGGUACAUGAGAGAGACAUCAACAUUUGGGAUGCACUCAUCUAAUGACAAUAUAAACAUGGAGUCUGAUUCCUAUCGGCAUACCAGGAUGCCAGCUGAUAACAGACCAUAUAGCCCUCCUCUGGCACAUGGGAAGGUGGUUACGAAAAUUAUGCCUAACUCUACACAGAGAACACAGACAAUGGUUCACCAUAGCACAAAUGAUUUACGAAGCAGGGAGAACUUGAGCAAAAGCAGAGACAAGUUGUACAGGAGCAGUGAAAGUUUACACAAAAGUAAGGAAUCCAUGCAUAAAAGCAAUGACAAUGUUGUGGACUUGACAGAUGGAAUGGUGGAUGAUUUUGGUGACUUCACCUUGAAAAGAAAGUACAAGAAGCCAGCAAAAAAUAGUAGCACAAACCAAAUGUCAGAUAUAGACAAGUUUGCACCAGGUGUCACUGGUCGCCAUGCUGUUAAUUUCCAGAAAAAGUCACCUUCAGGAAACAUAAAUACAAGAAAACCCUAUAAAACAGGCAAUAUUCAUUUGUCUGGAAACGAUUCAGACAGUAUUCCAAGCACAUCCUCACAGUCAUUUACAGAAACUCUGUCACCCAGACGGGACCAGAAGCAACCCAGAGAAUAUAUCACCCCCAGGCAAGACCAGCUAGGUGUUCACCCUCCUCAUUUUGGGCUAGACAGUAAUGAAUCAGAAUCAGCUACUCCUGGUUCCCAUAGCAAUCAAAUAGGAGAAUCAAGCAUGGGUUACCAAGACAGUUCAUUGGAUGACAGCGGCCAUAAAGUGACUCGAAAAAACUCCCUGCAAGCCCAUUUGCGAAGGAAGAUUCAAGAAUAUGAAAGAUCACAAAAACAGCAAACAUUAGCUCAAGUAAGAUACGACAGUGACACUACUACCAUCAGUGAGCCCAGUGCAUUCAGCGAGGGAAAUGCAUCAGUCACUAGAACCACACAACACGGGAAAUGCCCUAGUGCAAUAAACAACCUUCCAGAAGACUUACUCUUGAACAUCUUCUCAUAUCUUACCACACCAGAGUUGUGCCUGGCAUCUGGAGUUUGCUGUAAGUGGCAGUAUUUAUGCUGGGAUCCAGUGCUUUGGACUUCUAUAAAAAUUCUCAACCACCAGAACAGUGACAUCAACCGAGUGCUUAGGAACACCUUGACUAAACUAGGAAGCAAUACACAAGGAUAUUGCCUGACUGUGCGCAGCAUUAAGUUGAAUGGGAGCGAGCUGGUUUCUGAUAAGGGACUUGGGUGUAUCAGCAGGUUUUGUAUUGAUUUAGAACACUUAGAACUUAUUGGAUGUUGCUGUGUGACAAGUAAGGGAAUACAGGAAGUGUUGAUGAAUUGUUCUAGUCUACGACAUCUCAACGUUGCAGGUUGUUCCUGCCUUAACAGUAUCUGCCCACCAUCCUUUAAUGGAUUCAGCAUCACAGAAAAUGGGCAAUUUUUAAAACUACGGCAUCUGGAUCUAAGUGACUGUGUUGCUUUUGAUGAUAUGGGUUUGCGAACAGUAGGUCUAAGCUGUGGUCUGCUUGAAAAUCUUUAUCUGCGGCGAUGUACACAGGUAACAGAUGUUGGCAUCAGACACAUCGCCAACAACUGCCGGCAGCUCAAAGAGUUGAGUACUAGUGACUGCUACAAGGUCAGAGACUUUAGUUUGAAAGAAAUUGCCAAAAACAUCCCAACCCUGAAAUACCUCAGUGUUGCCAAGUGUCCUGUUAGUGACACGGGAAUCAAGUACAUCGGCAGAUACUGUGUCCAUUUAAAGUACUUGAAUGUGAGGGGUUGCGAAGCUGUCACAGAUGCUGGGAUUGCAUUUGUGGUCCAAAACUGCCUCAAAUUGAGGUCUCUUGAUAUUGGAAAAUGUGCCAUCACAGACAGUGCAUUGAACACGAUUGGAAUCCAUUGCCCUCAGCUGAAAAAACUGAGCAUGAAAGGAUGUGACAGAGUCAGUGUUAAUGGCAUAAAAUGCAUAGCUAACCAGUGUUGCAACAUACAGUAUUUAAAUGUUCAGGAGUGUAAUUUAGAUUAUGACACUUUUGUCUAUAUUCGGAAGCACUGUCGCAGCUGUAUUAUAGAACAUACAUGCCCAGCAUUUUUCUAACUUGUUACAAUCACCCUAUACUGAUGCAUAUCAUAACAUGGGCAUUUUGGUUGGCACACAAACCCAACAUUAAAUGUAUUUUUCUUUCACAGUUAUUUAUUACCAGGUGCAUACUGAAAACACAUGUGAGAAAAUAAAUGCAAUUAUUUGUAAUUAAUCUGAAGUAUGGAAAUCAAUGUGUUACUUGUUUUUUUAUAGUUUCAUCUAUCUAUGUAAGAGCCAACAUUCAUAAUCACAGACAAUUUUUUAAUUUAAAUUGGUACCUGUAGCAUGUUAUCUUUAAAAUAUUUAUACAUUGUUACAAACAUAACAAUGUACUGUACUGAAAAAAACAAAAUCAAAAUGUUUUAUACGAAUACUCCAUCCUACAAGGUUAGUUUAACCUAUUGCUUCUGGUUUAUACACUAUACAUCUCAGUGAAUACAUUUAUAAAUUUUAUACUUAUCAGGGCAUGACUUACAAGUUCUAUCCUAUUGUUCAGGUGGCACUUCUUAAUCAAUAUUCAAUUGAUGAUAAUGGGAGAGACAGUGACACUAAUUUCAUUAAAUAUUUCUGCUUUGCAUUUAAGCAAUUAUUCCAUCUAUACUGGUAUUUUUUCUGUAGUGUAAUGUGUAGCACUGACUCUCUUGUAGUCAUAAUUGAAGAGCAAUAAAAAGUGUGUCUUUAUCAGCCAUUUUUGGCAAUUUAUAAACCAAAUCUCUGUUGCUUAGAGACAAAUGCAAUUUUAGGUGGGUACUUGAUUUUUAUAUGAAUAUUUUUAUAGGAAAAUAAAAUAAUCUCAAGUAUGAAAACUUUUUAAAAUAAAUAAAUAAAUAAA